AUGGCACAUAUAUAUAUCCUUGUUGUUGAUGGGGUGGAGGUAGGGAUGUGGGGUACUGAUGGGGACUACGGGGGUGAGUCCAACAUUAGGAGUAGAAGCUUUUGCACUGUUACAUGUCAUCCAAAAAAUUUAGAACAUAUUCUUCAUACUAAGUUUCAUAAUUAUCCUAAAGGUCCAACUUGGCAAAACACCUUUGGCGACGUUCUAGGGAAUCAAGGUAUAUCUUGUGCUAAGGGUGAAGAGUGGAUAUCGCUAAGGAAAAUCGUGGUUCCAGAAUUAACAAAAUCGAAGCUUGGUCCAUCAUUACACCGUUGGGUGAACCCAUCAAUCAAAAAUGAUUUACUGCCAAUUUUAGACAAGGCUUCAAAACACAACAUUUCAAUUGACUUACAAAAAUUGAUGAUUUGUUUUGGUACUGAUAAUAUUUUUGGAAUUGCUCUAGGCAAAAAAUUGAAAACUUUAUUAAAUCCUGAGGAUCCAAUUGCACUAGCAAUGGAUACAAUUUUUAAAUUUGCUUUUAGAAGAUUUUUCUAUCCCAAUUUCUUAUGGAAAUUUAUGAAAUUUUUCUCUAUUGGAUCUGAAGGAAACCUAAAGAAGAGUAUUCAAAUUUUGAAUAAUACGAUAACUGAGGCACAAGAAGAACGUAACAAUAGACAUAAAGAUGAAACUUUUGAUGAUGAUUUAUUGUGGACAUUCAUGAAGAAAGUGCAAGUUAAUGAACACAUUUUGCCUAGCUCUGCUAUUAUGGGCACAAUUCUUGAUAUUCUAUUAGCAGGUCGCGACUCUGUUGCUACAUCUGCUAGCUGGUUUUUUUGGCUCGUUAUGAAUAACCCUCGUGUUGAAGAAAAGAUCGUCCAUGAAAUCAUAACGGUUUUAAAAAAGACUCGAGGAGAAGACAUGGGUGGCUCAAAGGUCACACAUUCUAUUGAGUCGCCCUGUGGAGAAGAGACACAAGAAUGGAUGAAAGAUCCAUUGACAUAUGAAGAAGUCAAUAGUUUGGUCUAUCUUCAUGCAACGUUGCUAGAAACACUACGUUUAUAUCCUGCAGUUCCAAAAAUUGUGAGGUAUGCGAUAUGUGAUGAUAUCCUUCCGGAUGGAACUUAUGUACCAGCUGGUUCGGACAUCAUUUUAUUGUUAUACUCAGUGGGAAGGAUGAAGUCCGUGUGGGGAGAAGAUUAUUUAAAAUUUAAACCGGAAAGAUGGCUAUCUGCUGAUGAAAAAAGAAUUGAAAGGCAUGAAGAUGGAUAUAAAUUUGCAGCAUUUAAUGGUGGAUCAAGAAUAUGCAUAGCUAAAUACUUAACUUAUCUUGAAAUGAAGUCUGUAGCUUCAGCUAUAUUACUUCGUUAUGAGUUAUCUCAUGCUUUUGAUCAUCAAGUUACGUCAAAACUCUCUUUCACUAUAGCCAUGAAGAACGGCCUUAAGGUCAACCUCAAACGUCGUGAUCUUAGUGAUUUUGAUGUAAUAAACUGA